AUGGGCGUGUGGGGCCUGAAGAGCUUCGUGGAAGAGCGCGGGUCGUUCUUUACUGAACUGCGGGUGAGGGAUACCAAGUUAGUCGUUGACGGCAGCAGCCUCUACUACUGCCUCUGCUUCGCCUCUGUCUCCGACUUGCGGCGCGGCGGCGACUACGGCUCCUUCGCGGCGGCUGUGAGCGACUUCUUCGGCAGCCUGCGGCGCUGCCACAUCUCGCCCUUCGUAGUGCUGGACGGCGGCCGCGACCCCAGCGAUAGGAAGCUGCCGCUGCUGCGGGAGCGCGCGGCCGAUCGGCUGCGCAAGGCCUGCAGUCUCUCCCGGGGCGGCGGCGGCCAGGUGGCGCCGCUGCUGACCCGCGAAGCCUUCGUGCAGGCGCUGCGCCGGCUCGCCGUGCCCUUCGUGCAGUGCUUCGCCGAGGCCGACCGGGAGAUCGCCGGGCUCGCCAACCGCUGGGGCUGCCCCGUCCUCUCCCUCGACAGCGACUUCUGUGUCUUCGAUCUGGCGGGCGGCUACUGCCCCCUGAACCACUUCCAGUGGCAGAGCGUCUGCGCCUCUGAGGAGCCGCGGGGCUGCUACGUGCCCGCCCGGCUCUUCUCCGUGGAGAGAUUCUGCAGGCACUUCGCUCCCCUCAACAAGAGACUACUCCCGCUCUUCGCCGUCAUGAGCGGCAACGACUACAUGUGCCUGGCGGCCCUGGAGGCUUUCUACAGCCGGGCGCGGCUGGAGCGGGGCAGCGGGGCCAGGCACGGUCGCCUGCGGGCGCUCCUCCGCUGGCUUGCGCAGUUCCCGCAGCCCGCCCAGGCCGUCGACAGCGUGCUGCAGCACCUGACGGCACGCCGCAGAGAAGAAGUACGGGAGCUGCUGUGCGCGGCGAUGGAGGACUACGCUCCCUCCGAGGUGAAGCUUGAGGACUUCUUCGAGAGCGGCAGGUACGAGUGCGUGGCCGCCGGGAGCGCCGGCAUGCCGCAGUGGGUGCUGAGCGCUCUGGUGCGGGGGCAACUGGACCCCUUCGUCAACAAUGUCUUGCUGCUGAGGUCUGUCUUCCUUCGUGUUCAAGUGGAGAACAUGCAGAGACCGAGCGCGCAUCGCACGGCCCUACCCAUCCGGCGGGUGAUCUACGGACUGCUCCUGACGGAGCCCCGGGGCAGCCCAGCUGCUCCUCCCGGCAGGCGGAGCACCCAGCUGCCAGUCGUGUGUGAAUUUGGCAGGCUCCAAAAGACGAUUCAAAAAACAAACGUCCAGGCAGCAAGCUUGCCCACAGAGUUCUGUGGUGACCAUUUCCCUCUGGACAAGUUAACAGAGGUGCCCCUGUCAUGCCGGCAGCUGCUCUUGCUGAAGACUCUAGGGGUGAGAAUGAGCUCCCUGGCAGCUGUCCCCAGUCACUUACAGCUCCCUGCUGCUGUCACCUGUUACUGGCUGCGAUGCUCAGAGCCACCAGUUAGGAUCCAUCAGUUAAAGGCUUUGCUUCUCAUGAUAGUGUCUGGAGAACUGCACAGGACAACAACUGAUCCAGGUCCCCCAGUGUCACCUGCUGAAGAGGACAGUGUUGCUUACCACCAGUUUGUAAAGUGGAAGGAAAAGAAACUGCCAAGCCAAGAGUUUGAUCUGGAUGCUGCUCACAGCUUUUGCCAGUGGCAGUGCUGUCUGCAGAUGGGACUGUACCUGAACCAGCUCCUCUCUGCUCCUCUGGCUGAGCCAGACUUGAGUAGGCUUUACAGCGGGACCCUCGUCCACAGGCUGUGCCAGGAGCUGAAAUCAGCACCUUCGGUGGAAAGCCUCUUCAGUGUCUCCCAGAGCCUGACUGGCCUUUAUCAGCUCCUGCUCAAGACAGUGGAGUCAGCUGUGGCUCCAGGCUUCUUUCAGAUGGCCACAGCCCCAUCUGGGUCCUGCAAAAAGAAGAAAGCAUCUGGGAAGAAUAAAAAGCCUUUCAGCUCUGCUGCCCCAGGAGCUCAGCACCUCUGCUCUGGGAACAGGUUUGUAUCCCUGCAAGUGGAAGACUGA